AUGAUUCAUGGUCCCAACUCUUCUUUCUCAGGUGCCUUUAGUAUUGGCAAAAAAAUACAAGCACAUGGAAAUCAGAACAACACCCCUGGACCUGAUCAUUACAAUUUGGCAACUCCUCAAUCCUCAGGAUUCAAAUUUUCGAAAUCAGUCCGCAAAUAACUUUAUGAACCUAAACCAAUUCCAGAGCCAGGAACAUACGAUCCAAAUCUAUCGAUUAUUCAACCCAAUCCUCCAAACAUCAAAUUUAGCAAAGCUCAAGAAUAAGAGAAACUCCCUCUUGACAUCGGACCAGGCACUUAUAAUUGGAGUGAUCAAAAGAAAUCUCCAGCAUUUACUUUCUAAAAUAAAUUCGAAAAUCCUGGAAACGAUGUUCUAAAUACUCCAGGACCUGGCCAUUAUGAUGUUAAAGAAAGCCAUUCACUUCAACCAAUAAAUAAAGGUUUUACAACAAGCAACCGCUUAAAUAUGCUGCUUUCUAAUGGGCCUGGGCCGGGUUCUUAUAACUUGGAAACUCUUAAAUUACAAACUAGCAUUAAGUUUCCAAAGCAAUAGAGGACUAUUGAUAAACUCGAUCCUACUCCUGGACCUGGGGCAUUCCUUACAGUUGUGCCAAACAAGUAAGGGAUUUCAUUUGGAAAGAAAUUGUAGGCCUAGAGCGAAAAGUAGUUUGUGCCUGGUCCUGGGACAUAUCAAUUGAAAUCUUUUGCUGAACAAAUCUCUAAAGGAACUAAGAUUGGAACCUCUAAUAGAAGCCAGAUGUUAUUGUAAUAAGGACCUUCUCCUUUGAAUUAUGACAUCUCUCAAUAUAAGCCUCCCUCUAAAUAUUCAAGUUUUGGAAAUGCAGAAAGGAAAACAUUAUAAGAGAAAAGUGAGUAUACUCCUGGGCCUGGAACUUAUUAUUUGGGAGUCAGUCUUUCUAAAUUGGGACCUGUAAUUGGCAAGUCUUCAAAGGAAUAAUUGGUUAUUCAUGACUCUCUACCAGGACCAGGAAAAUACAACUUAAAUGAUACUUUCUCAAGAGGACCCAGUUACCAUAUUGCAGGAAAACAUGAGAAGCAAUAAGAACAAUCUCUUGUGGGUCCAGGAAGAUAUUAGAUCAAUAGGGAUAUUACUGAUGGUCCUAAAUUCAAGUUUUCUACUAAGGAAAAGACAGACUCUAAAGAUCAUUCUUAAUCAUAGUUCUAUGAUAUUCAGGCUAGUCUGGGAUUUAUACCAAAAUAUUUACUAUAAAAUUGA